CUUCUUUUUGGUGAUUUGUUGAAGGAAAUUGAAUAUGCAUCUCCUCCAUCUCCAUUGAGGCAAAAAUAAUAUCAUAGGAAAAGUGAUGCAGAAAAAUAUCUUCUGAUAUUAAAAGUUAAAAGUAAAUAUAUGUUUUGACAUAAAUAAAUGUAACAUGUCUAUAUAUGUAACAACCACCAACUUCUCCAAUUAAUUCAUUCUCAAAUUGCUUAUUCUACACUUUCUACAAAAAAAAAAAAAUCAGAGGGGAAAAAAAAGUUGAAAAAAGAGAAGAUGGUGGAAGUAAUAAACACCAACAUUGUUAUAGUGACUCUGGUUCUGGUGACACUUUUCUCUGUGGUAUGGAAAAUUCUGAAUGAUUUCUGGUUCCGACCGAAGAAGCUUGAGAAGUUCUUAAGAAGCCAAGGUUUCAAAGGUAAUCCUUACCGUUUGUUUUAUGGAGAUAUGAAAGACAUGGCGGCCGUGGUUCAACAAGCACAUUCCAAGCCUAUCAAGCACGAUGAGUAUCUCGUUCCUUAUAUCAUUCCAUAUCAUCAUCAGAUGAUCCAAAAGUUUGAAAAAUGUUUCAUUUGGUAUGGGCCAUAUCCAGUUUUAAUCAUAACAGAUCCAAAGAUGAUUAAAGAUAUCACAUACAAGCACACUAUUUUCCAAAGGCCUACAUUGAGUCCACUAGAUAGACUUCUUGUAACUGGGCUCUUUAUCAAAGAAGGUGAUGAAUGGGCCAAGCGUCGAAAGAUAAUCAAUCCAGCUUUUACCCUCGAAAAAUUAAAGAACAUGGUACCGUCAAUGUAUGUAAGUUGUCGGGAAUUAGUGGAUAAAUGGGAAACGUCGAUCCAAGGAAAAGAAUCCUGCGAAAUCGAUGUAUGGCCUGAUUUUGCAAACUUGACGGCUGAUGUAAUUUCCCGGACAGCAUUUGGAAGUAGGUUUGAAGAAGGAAGACGCAUUUUCGAACUCCAAAGAGAGCUAUUCUUUUUAAUUUACCAGUGCAGUCAAACUAUCUACAUCAAAGGAUCUAGGUUUUUGCCAACAAAAAGGAACAGGAGAAUGAAAGGAAUAUUUCGAGAGUCCAACGCAAUUAUGAGGGAUCUCAUUAAGAAAAGAGAGGAAAGAAUGAAAGACGAGGAGAACAGUGAAGACUUGUUAGGUAUACUUUUGGAAUCCAAUCUCAAAGAGAUCAAAGAAAAUGGUAACAAGAAAAGUUGUGGACUUACCACCGAUGACGUGGUCGAAGAAUGCAACUUGUUCUACUUUGCUGGACAAGAGACAACCUCGAACUUGCUUGUUUGGACAAUGAUAAUGCUGGGAAUUCACCGAGAUUGGCAAGAAAAAGCUCGAGAAGAGGUUUCCCAAGUGUUUGGCAACAAUGAACUCGAGCUCGAAGGAUUGCAUCGCCUCAAAAUCGUAAGUAAACAUUAGACCAUAAGUUAGAUAUCUAUGUUAGUGACUGUUGUUGGAUUAAUUAAUCAAUAUAUGUGUCUAAUUUUAUUGGUUUGCAGGUAACUAUGAUUUUGAAUGAAGUUUUAAGAAUUUUCCCACCAGCUUUAAAUAUAGGGCGUUCAACUCAUGAAACGACCAAAUUAGGAGACAUAAUUGUGCCUCCUAGGACUGGCAUUUUGGUGAACUUACCACUUGUUCAUCAUGAUCCACAAAUUUGGGGCGAUGAUGUGAAGGAAUUCAAUCCAGAAAGAUUUUCCCAAGGAGUUGCAAAAGCUACGAAAAAACCCAACUCGUACUUGCCGUUUAGUAUGGGACCUCGUAUUUGCAUUGGUCAGAAUUUCGCAUUGAACGAAGCAAAAGUCGCAUUCGCAUUGAUCCUUCCAAGUUUCUCGUUUGAGGUCUCUCCGUCUUAUGAACAUGCACCUUUUCCUAGGUUCACAAUUCAACCUCGCUUUGGAGCUAAGAUGAUUUUACGCAAACUUUAAUCGUAUCUAUUUUGAUCGCUUCACAAGAAUAUAUAUAUAUAUAUAUAUAUGAAGGAUAUCAAGUGUACUAUUAUUAGAUUAUAAGGUUUAUAUUAUUAAUGAAGUUGGCAUUUUCAUAUGGC